AUGGCAUCAACCACAACCUUGUUUUCCCAUGUUGGCGAUAAAAAAUCCGCCGCGAAGCGUAUCGAUCCCGCCAUUCGUAAGGCGAAUGCUGCGAAGCUUGCGGCUGGUUAUACGAAAAAAAAGCGCUUCUUCGAGUACUGCUACCUCAGUCUGAGCACCUAUUUGUGGUGCGCAAAUCUGUUCAUCUGCGCGCGUUAUUUCAUCUCCUGCGAAGAGGUGAACUUCAUGCAGAUCGCGUCGAUCCCGCUUUUCGUGUUACCGGCGAUGGCGCUCGCGGAUCUCGUAUCGGGUUUUGUGCACUGGACGCUUGAUACGUGGGGGUCGCCGGAAACCCCUGUCUUUGGUAGUUUCAUCCGAAGCUUCCGCGAGCACCACGCCGAUCCGUCGGCGAUGUGUUCGCACGAUUUUAUCGAAACCAAUGCGGAUACCACGCUCACGCUGCUUCCUGCGCUCCUUUGGCAGCAUUUCGCCAUGAUGAAAUCUGGUGCUAGUGGUCAUCACUUCCCGUAUAACGUGCAUGCGGGGAAUAUCGGCAUGCAUGUGUUUCUGCUCACCUUCUUCGUCUUGGUGGCCAUCACAAAUGAGAUCCAUAAGUGGUCGCAUAUGGUGCGGCCUCAUUUUUUCGUACGAAAGCUGAUGAAUUUGGGAAUUAUUCUAUCGCCUAAGACGCAUCACAAACAUCACGUGGAUCCAUUUGACUGCAGCUAUUGCAUCACAACGGGGUGGAUGAACCCGCCGCUGGAUCGCGUUAACUUCUGGAGGUAUAUGGAGAUACUGGUGACUAUGGCGACGGGUGCGGUUGCACGUGAAAAUGAUCAGCUUCUCCUGGGAAAGUAA